CCCCCUUCUCUAUUUCCAAAUCCAUCCCACUCUUCUCUGUCGACACCUAGAUCUAUAGAUCUUUUCUCCCGCUCGAAUCUUUUUGGACCUCGAUUGGAUCCUGCUCGCAUUUUCUUCCCCCAAAUCAUAUCACACACAACCGCAAAAAUGGCGACAGAAGCUGCUUUCACCUCCAGGCCCGAGACUUUGGCCAAGUACCUCAAGCUUGACCAGAAGGGCCAAAUCAUGGCCGAGUACAUCUGGAUCGAUGCUGACGGCGAGACCCGCUCCAAGUCGAGGACGCUCAAGGAGAAGGAGUACACCCCCGAGGACCUUCCUAUGUGGAACUUUGAUGGUUCCUCCACCAACCAAGCCCCCGGCGACAACUCUGACGUCUACCUGAAGCCCGUCGCCGUCUUCCCCGACCCCUUCCGCGGAUCCCCCAACAUCCUCGUUCUCGCCGAGUGCUGGAAUGCCGAUGGCACCCCCAACAAGUACAACUACAGACAUGAGUGCGCCAAGCUGAUGGAGGCUCACGCCGCCCACGAGCCCUGGUUCGGCCUCGAGCAGGAGUACACUUUGCUCGACCUUAGCAACCGCCCCUUCGGCUGGCCCGCUAACGGCUUCCCCGCCCCCCAGGGCCCCUACUACUGCGGUGUCGGCGCCGGCAAGGUCGUCCAGCGCGACAUCGUCGACGCUCACUACAAGGCCUGCCUCUACUCGGGCGUCAAGAUCUCGGGCACCAACGCCGAGGUCAUGCCCGCCCAGUGGGAGUUCCAGGUCGGCCCCUGCGUCGGUAUCGAGAUGGGUGACCACCUCUGGCUCGCCCGCUUCCUCCUGGCCCGCAUCGCUGAGGAGUUCGGCGCCAAGGUCUCGGUCGAGCCCAAGCCCAUCCCCGGCGACUGGAACGGUGCUGGCCUGCACUCCAACUUCUCCACCAAGGAGAUGCGUGUUGAGGGCGGCAUGAAGCACAUCGAGGCCGCUAUCAAGAAGCUCGAGGGCCGCCACAAGGAGCACAUCGCCGUCUACGGCGAGGGCAACGAGAAGCGUCUCACCGGCCGCCACGAGACGGGCUCCAUCGACCAGUUCUCUUACGGAGUCGCCAACCGUGGUGCCUCGAUCCGCAUCCCCAGAGAGUGCGCCGCCAAGGGCUACGGUUACUUCGAGGACCGCCGCCCCGCCUCAAAUGCCGACCCCUACAGAAUUACUGGUAUCAUGAUGGAGACUAUUUUCGGUUCCGUCGCGUAAGGGGAGAAGCAGAAGAGAGAGGAUGGUAUACCCUAGUUCAACGGCUCCUAGCCGUUUUGAAUAUGCUUUUAUCAGCGUGUUACAUAGAUCAGACAAGGUUAUUACGGGUCAAUGAGAAUUCAAAAACAAAGUUCAAA